AUGAAUUUACACCUUAACUUAUUAGUAAGUGUAAUAAUUCAAAAAUAUUUCUUAAAUUCUCGUUGUAUAAUAUAUUUUUCCGAAAAGUUCAACAGCUUAGACUACACUGGUCCCAUUCCUAUUCUGCAAAUUAAUGUGCAAAAUAUGAAUAUUCACAAAGAUUUAAUUUUUCGUUAUUUUGGCUGCCAAGGAAUAAUCAUAUCGAAUAACCUACCCAUCUGGACGUUUGAAAUAUUUGAAAAAUUAAUUAGAUUAUCCUCUGAAAGAUUCAAUACUAGAAGAUACUUAAUAUUAUCUGGAAAUAAUCCUAAAGAAAACCUCACAGAUAUUUUUAAUAUCAAAGAACUUACCCAUAUUUCCAACAUGGUGAUUAUAGAAGAAUAUAAACGAAAAAGAAAGAAAACUACAGGCAAACAGUAUAUUAUGGAUCAAAAACAUAUUACGUACAUUGUUUCGACUCAUGGAUAUGUUGGAUUGAAAAACAAUAAUAGGAGAAUUAUUCUAGACUUUUGGUCUUCUAAUCUCAAGAAGUUUAAAUUUAAUAACAAUUUAUUUCCAAAUAAACUAUUAAACCAAAUGGGAAGAGAAUUAAGAAUGGCAACUUUUCAUUACGAACCAUAUAGCAUUAUAGGGUCAACAGAAGAUACACAUAAAGGAUCCGAAAUGUCAGUGGCCCUUACUUUUGCGAGACAGUAUAAUAUGACUCCAGUACCAGUUAUUAAUAAAGAGGAUUAUUGGGGCGAGAUAUUUACAAACUGGUCAGGAAAUGGACUUCUGGGUAAUUUAGUUUUGGACAAAGCGGACAUAGGAUUUGGUGCUCUAUAUACAUGGGAAGUAGAUUAUCAUUAUUUAGAUUUAUCCAAACCCUUGGUCAGAACUGGAAUAACUUGUCUGGUACCAGCACCAAAGUAUGUAUCACAAAAUAUGCAAGAAGUUACUAAAUUUUAUGAUAAUGAGACCAAAAAGAAGAUCCAUGACGGAUGA